GUGGAAGCAGCCAGCCACGCGGCAGGGGGAGGGCCUGCUGAACCAGACGGAGGAGGUCUUGGCGCAAGAGCGCGCAAUUGAUCGCAACCAUCUCUCUGACAGCCUGGAGCGAGUCCAGGGGGAUGUGCGUGCCAUGCGCGGACGAGUUGAUGACGUGGAGAAGGGGGUUACAGUCCAAAUGGAAAGGACAAUGGUCAUGCUCAACAAGGUCACAGACAACUACGACAAUCAGGCAAAGGCGCUGGGGGACCUUCGCGAUGCACAACAGACCUUUGAGAAACGACUGGAAGCGUUGGAGCACCGCCCUCAAUGGUCUUCUGCGCGGGGGAGCACAGCGGACACCGAUGGAGGGGGGAACAAGCCGCCCGCACUUAUCCUCCGGGGAUGGCACCCAGAUCAGGCGGCCGAGGAUACCCUUCAGGCUGCUAAGGAUAUUUUGCGUCGUCUGGACGUCCAGCUGGAAGCCGACGACCUCUUUGUCCCUGGACUGCGCAGGGGAUACGCGAUCCUCCCGAUCAAGUCCAGACCUUUCGAAUCGGAGGGGGACCGUCGCAUGGGCCGACAUCACUGCUUUAGCGAAGGCGAUGAGGCGUCCGCUGCGGGUGGUUCAAGCCGCGUGGCCGCAAAGCGGAGCUCGCAUGACCUAUGGACCGCCAUGGGGGUGCUGCUCCUGCAAGAAGUUAUCACUGGUGUUGGCAUUUCGUUUCAUGAGUACAACGGUUGGGUCAUUGUUUAUGGCAAGAACCAAGGAGAUUGGAGGGGCACGGGGGUCGCGUACUUGGGGGCCCACAACAAGCACAGCAACACAAAGCUAUUGCCAUCGGGCAUUGCCACCACUCUUACGGGCCAAGACGGCCGGGUGGUCUUGGGUAUGGAUGCCAAUGAGACCUUUACAGACCCAGAUGAGCAGGGUACCUUCGAGGAGUGGGCCCGCAACAAGCAACUCGGGCCGGGGCGCGACACCGAACGCUAUGAGGAGAGCCCAGCACUGCGCAUGCUACUACGCAGACAGGUCCGAGCAUGGCACAAACAGCUGGUCGAUAAGGCUAGCCAAGCGAACUGGCGGGCCAAGCGCACCCUAGACCAGUACCAUUCCAGGGCGAGCCCUGACAGCGCUUUGCAAGCACACGCCUUGGCGGCCUUUCACAACGUGGGACCUCCAAUUGGCCACUCGCACAUGGCAGAGGGGGAACCCCGGUGGGAGGGGCGCAUCUUGCACAUGAUGAACGACUUCCUGUAUAAGGGGACCAUCCCCGAGGAAGUUCUGCGGGGGGUCACGGUGCUGCUGCCGAAAACCAUUUCCGAUCCCGAAUCCUGGGGGGACACACGCCCUAUCACGUUGAGCUCCUCGAUUCUUAAGUGGUUUUCGCAACUACUUUUGCUCCGCAUCCAAGACGGGGCACCACUUCAGUGGGGGUGCAGAGGCAAGCAAGCUCCCGAACUCCUUGUCGUUCUCAAGCGCGUCAUACGACACGCAAAGGACUGGGGGAUUCUUACAUGGAUUGUGAAGCUGGACGUCAGAAAGGCUUUUGAUAGCGUUUGGCAGGAAUCCAUGGGGGAUAUGGUUGCGUCCAAGGCUAAAGCGUGGCUUGGCCUUCUUGAAGCCAGAGAAGUUCGGGUUGCUAUGGCCGACACGCUUACGCACAUUCCCCAGACCAACGGGGUCCGACAGGGCUCUCCUGACAGUCCUGUGCUCUUUGGGAGAGUGGUUGCUGACGACCUCGAGGGGGCACUCCAAACAACCCAGCGGUUGCUGCCGCUAGCGGAGGGACCACCGCCACCACAAUCAGGGGGGGCAUACAUGGAUGACACCUACCUAUGGAGUCAUGACCGAACCCACCUGCAAGCGUCUCUUGCCGAAUUGGAGCGACAGCUCCGCAAGCACGGCCUGACCAUCAACCCGGCCAAAACGGCUAUCAUAUUCAGCUUGAAAAGCGGCGGGGGAAGCUUCUUCAUCGGGGGGGAGGAGGUGGCCUGCAAACCCUUUGGCACGGUGGUCACAGCAUUGGCGCGCCUUUCACAAGCAUGCCAAGCUGCUUUGCGCACCGACCUCGCUGGACAGCAGGAUCAAGCUUCACCAGACAUUGGUGAGGAGAAUGAUGCACCCAGGGCGGAGACCGGGGGAGUCCUGGUGGGAGGAGUGGAAUGUGCGCACGCUCCGGGGGGCAAGGGGCCCAUGCUUACGUGGAAGAAUUUAGAGUGGUGGGGAGCAGAGGUGCGCAAAUCCAAACGAGAGAGGCAAUACUGGCACAAAGGCCGGUUCAAUGCCCAUGUGGACCCAGAGCGGCAGAUCGCCAAAGUGGCGGGGGAGACUUGGCAAAGGGUUGCGGGGGACUUCAAGGUGUGGAGUUCGCUGUCAGGGGAGUUUAUCGCAGCCUUUGACGAGGGCGGCAGCAGCAACCACGGCGACUCCACCCGAAGGCACGGCUACCAGUACCGUGUGCCGACGGACCACGGCAGCCUCAACCGACACAAGCGUACCAACAGUGCCUCCCAGUGUCACCACCACGCCGGCUUCACAACCACCGCAGCCCGCCCGCAAGCGGGGAUAGCAGCAGCGGAAAUGGUGGAGAUUGCCAUUGCAGCCGUGGGGGAGGAACCAACGCCUACAGGGGGCGGCGACUCAACCCACGAAUGCAUCCGGGCGCCCCCGCCACCAAAACGAAGACGCUUGGACUAUGCGGGGGUGGCAAAAAUGCGCCUUCAAGAAAAAGGGGCAGCAGAUAGGGGAGCUGAUGGCCCGAACCAGCAGCAGAUUAUGUCCGACCUCAUUGAAGCCCGUAAAGACUUGGUGUUCGUGAGGGCCCAGCUGGAAGAUGCAACGGCGCAGCAGGGGGGGACGCAGGUCUUGGACAGCUUUGAAGGCCUAACGCAAGCAACGGACGCCAUCAACAUCGCCUUGGCCGCACAGGGGGACUUUGAUUGGCAGUCCGACAGCUGGGCGGCCACAGUCAGCUUGCUGCUGGAAGGGGCCGACACCUUGCUGGAAGAGCUGGACCUUCUGAACUUUGCGCACGCCUCGGAUGUGAACGCCUUUGCGGAGGGGGCGGAGGAAAGACCGACGCCACGAGCAGGCACAGUGCUGAGGGACAUCAGGGGGGUGCUUCCAUUCCACACAAGGGGGCAACCUGAAGUCCGAGCCAUGUUGGCGUAUGUGGCGGCGACCUUCGAGCAGAUCGUCUACAUGGACACGCAGUCGACUGAAGCCGGGGGGACCAGCCUGGAGGACAGAGACGGACCUACGCCGCCAGAUGAGCUGGAGGGGGAGCCAACAGAUGCCGACCUUCUCGCAGCCAUGGACGAAGGCGAGAGACAAGCGGAAGAAGAAGCGCGGGCAGAAAUCUCGCAGUGCUUGGGACACGGGGGGACGCUCUUGGACACCAACGACGAGUCCGAACCAGACGACGGGGGAUCCGGCAAGCGUGCGCACCUCCUCGCGCGGGUUCUGAAGGGGGACAUAGCCUUCGCCGACCUCACCUCGAUCCGCCGGUUCGUCUACCUCGUGACUGGCAGCACCAGCACACUGCGAGCGGAAAUCAACCAACGCAUGGACCGAGUGGAGACGGGGGAGGUUGGGGGGAUCAAUGACACCCCAGCGGAGGAGACCCUCAAGAACGUCAAACAAAUGGUCAAAGAAUUGAGACUGGACACCUGCGCACUGCACGGCCAACAUCCAGAUGGGUUGCAAGAAGACGGCAAGGCGAAGUACCUGUGGCUUCAACUGUCGCAGUCGCCAGAGCGAAGGCGACGAGUACGGCUAACAGGUAAGUGCAAACGCCUAUGCCUGUCGAUGGGGGCGCAGCUGGCCAAAGCUGAGACGGGGUGGGCGCCUGGGACGGUUUGGCUGGACUCCGUUGGUGUCGCCUCGGCAACCACCACAGGUGCCGGAUGGAUCAACCUCAAGGCCACAGGUACGGAACCUACGCAAAGCAGCGGCGAGCAGGGGGACCAAUCGUCUUCCGAGACUCAGUUUCACCAUGCAGCCUGGAAGGGGGCGAAGCGGCGCACACUGGUCGUCGCCACUUGGAACGUCGGCGGCCUCUCUGAACGUAUCACGGAGGCAGGUCGGCAUUUUGCCAACAACAAGGCAUGGACGCUGGUACAUGGGAAAGUGCUCGGGGAGUG